CUUUGCGUGAUUAAUAAAUGUGGUUUGUUUACUUUAGCUAUUUUUAGCAAUUCAGUAUUUCAUAAACAUGAUCAUUAAAUGUGGCACAGUGCUCACAUAAUUGAUAAUGAUGAAUAUAAUGAAAGGACUUUCUGUAUUCCAAGCAUAGUAUUUAGAGAUACAUGAAGUUACACUGUACAUCUGAUAUUAGACUAAAUGUGAUCAAAGCACUAGUAAAGAUAUUAUUUGUCACUGUUUCCUUUUAUUUUUUGUUAUAAAUAUUAUGGUUAUAUAUUGUGUCCUCAUAUAUGUUUUGAGUCACUGGGUGAAGUGGUUACGCUGUAGUUCUCCCGCUUUUCCAAAUUUAACAUGCCAAGUAUCAUGGCAUUAAUUAUUUAUAUUAAGUUUUUAGCGCUGCAAUAUAGCAUGCAAAAUUUGAACAUAGAUCUCCAGACAAAAUAGAGAGAUAUAGCGCAUUGUUUUUCUAAAAUGGAAAAUUUUAAUGACGUCAGUAAUUGACAUAAAACGUUAUAGAACACGCGCAAUGACGUGAGAUGGCGCGAGCAACUGCUCACGUCAGGUCAUUUUGGAAGUUCUUUUAUUUCGUUAAUAUCGAGCCACUUUUGUACCCGGAGUGAACGCCUCAGCCAGUGUCUUGUUAGAUCAGACGUAACGUACAAUAUCUCUUCUCUAUAUAGGGUAAAGAUAUGAAGUAGAUUCUGGUUGACAACAAAUCAGCUCAUGCGAUCACCUUGUUCAUCCUCCCGACUUGGUCCAAAUUUCGUUGUUUAUCGUAUAGUAUAAUUGUGGAGCGAAGUAAAAGCUUCUUAUUUGAAGAGGAAACAGCUUUUCAAUUUGAACUCGGAGCACGCCCUAAAGGAGAAAAAAUGCAGACUAUUUGGUCUGCAAGAAUGUGGGAAAAAGAUAUGUUGCUUCGAGUCACUGGUGACCAUGAGAUACAUGUACAAGAUGAAGAAUUAGCGGAGUGCAAGCAAAAACAAAUUUGUAUACGGCGUCAAAAUAUGGCAAAAGAAGUUUCAGCGGCAGAAAGCAAGAAUUUGUACGAAAUCUUAAACCUCGAUAUGCAAGAAGUUCGUAGGGAACCCCUAGAAGAACAGAAUAAAAUAAUAAAAAAAGCUUAUCAUUCUCAAUUGCGGCGCUGGCAUCCUGACCGGAAUCCUGAGAAUGGUGAUUCCGCUAUAUGUCAAGAGAUCAUCUUUGCGAAUACGAUUCUUAAAGAUCCCGAAGCACGUGCUGCGUAUAAUAACGUCGCGGAUUUCGACAAAGGAUGGCUCUCAAGAGCGCGAUAUAAAGCCAUAUUCAUGCCCGAAUGUUACAGCGUUGAGCAGAAGAAACAGUAUGGAAAGAGAAUUGGAUUAUUGUUUUUAUCAAGUCUUCUCAUAGCAGGAGGCAUUGGUUUAACUUUCUUAACAGCAGGAAUGGCCGCACCCGUUGCACUCGGGAUAACAGCCGCAUCAGGAGCCCUUAUCGGAGGUGGGAUUUCAAGUGGAUUACGGACAAUAAACCGUGAAGCAAUAGAAGACGGUUGCUCUUUCCGUAAAUACUUUACAAGUUUAAUGAUUGGUGCUGUUGGUGGAGCAGUCAUAGCAGUAGGAGUAGCUGGAAUUGCGAUAUUUUUGGGUGGAGCAGCAAAGCUUGCAUUUAAAGCUGCCCAACUUUCCCUCGAACGGCAAAUUAGCACGAGGAUAGCCACCACAGCUUUUCGUGGCCUUAUCACAUCCCUUACUAAUAAUAUAGACGCAAUUCUUGCAGGUGGACAGAAAACUAGCUGGAAACAAUUUAUUUUACAUGUCUUACUUGAUGCGUGGCUGGGAGGGAUUGUUGGGUUACCGGGAGGGCUUGCAGAAAACACGCUCCAAGGCGUGGUUUCAGUAGACGAUGCACUGAUAACGUUUGAAACAGUUUCUUCUAACAUAUGUGAUGCUAUUGAAGAUACAACGACAAUAGCAGUGGAAAGUUUUGCUAACUUUGUCAAGGAACGUCUUGAUGACGAUGUCGAAAAUAAAGCCAUAGUGGACCAUAUAAAAAAUGGUGCAACGCAUGCUGCAAUGGCAGUUGGGAAGAAUUUGGCAAAAGUUGCUAAGAAAGUCGCGAAGAAAGUCAAUGACGGACAGAAGGCACCAGCAAUCAAUGACGAAUUCAGCAACCAGGAUAAAGCAACUGAUGGUAUUUAUGAAGAAACUAAUGAUGAAACAAAGAAAGAUACAAAUAACACAACACCAGUCGCAAAUAAUGUUAUAAAAACGGCUGAGAAAGAAGGAAUCAACCCGACUAGCGAAUACAACGACAGCACUAGAGCAAGUGAUGAUAUUGGUGGAGAAGUUGAGGAUUCCGAUAACGCAGAAAAAAAAGACAAAUGUAAAGAAAAUAUAGAUAAUGAUGCUAAGACUGAAUGCACAGGGAGAAAUGGCAGCUCAGCUGAAUACUUUUACAAGUUCUUAACAGCGCUAGCCGAAACAAGUGAUAAUGAUGACUUCACGGAUCAACCUCUACCGUGUUACAAGUCCUUAAUAGCAGAAACGAAUGAUGAUGACUUUACGGAACGCGUGGAACAUAGACUAAAGUAUAUUUCUAAAGGGCAUUGGUUUUCCAAGAUGCUUGUUGAUUAUGAAGAGAACGGUGAAACAAAACAUAAUGAGGUUAAUAAAGAUAGUGAAAAUUCGAUUCCGAUACCAAACAAAUCUACUAAUAUCAAAGUUAGAUUUCAAGUAAUGCGCUUUCCUGGUAUUUGGUGUGAUGUAAAAAAGUACGACCGUUUCCAAAAAUGUUGGAUAGAACCAAUCCAGCCACAUACUUUCGAGUACAACACACCAGUAAGUCGCACGUACACUUUGACUGGAAAUUUGUAUUACGAAGUUGUAACGAAGAUCGAUAAUAAUGAUUUCUCGGAAUAUAGACUAAAGCAUAUUUCUGAUGGACCUUGGGUUUCCCAAAUGCUUGUUGAUUAUGAAACCAACGGUAAAUCAGAACAUGAGGUUAAAGGUAGUAAAAGUUCAAUACGGAUACCAAACAAAGCUACUAAUAUCAAAGUUAGAUUUCAGGUAAUGCGCUUUCCUGGUAUUUGGUGUGAUGUAAAAAAGUACGACCGUUUCAAAAAAUGUUGGAUAGAACCACGCCAGCCACAUACUUUUGAAUACAACACACCAGUGAGUCGCACGUACACUUUGACUGGAAAGUUGUAUUAUGAGGCUGUAACGAAGAUCACAGUAGAUUAUAACGAUAUAAACGAAAUCUGA